AUGUCUAGACACCAGCAGUCUCCCGCCGUUGCUGCUGCUGCCAUUGCUGCCUCAAACAACAUGAGUACUUUGAAUUAUCAGUCCAAUACAAAUGUUUCAAACGUACCACAGUACUCGCAGAAUCAAUCCUCGAUACCUCCGCACCAGUCCCAAAACCCUUCCUCAAAUCAGCUUCAAACCCAGGGCGGCCAAGGUGGUGGUGUAAAUAGCAGCAAUUCUUCAUCCCAAGUUGUCGGAUUACAUUACAAAAUUGGUAAAAAAAUAGGUGAAGGUUCGUUUGGUGUUAUAUUUGAAGGUACCAACUUGAUCAACGGCAUUCCCGUCGCCAUUAAAUUCGAACCUAGAAAGGCAGAGGCCCCACAACUAAGAGAUGAGUAUAGAACUUAUAAGCAUUUGAGUGGCUGCAAAGGUAUUCCUAAUGCCUAUUAUUUUGGCCAAGAAGGUUUACACAAUAUUCUGGUGAUUGAUUUAUUGGGUCCUUCCCUGGAAGAUCUAUUUGAUUGGUGUGGUAGAAAAUUUUCAGUUAAAACUGUGGUUCAGGUUGCUGUUCAAAUGAUCACCUUGAUUGAAAGAGUCCAUCAAAAUGAUUUGAUUUAUAGAGAUAUCAAACCAGAUAAUUUCUUGAUUGGAAGACAAGGUUUACCAGAUGAAAACUCAGUUCAUUUGGUUGAUUUCGGUAUGGCCAAGCAAUAUAGAGACCCUAGAACUAAGCAACAUAUCCCUUAUAGAGAAAAGAAAUCCUUGAGCGGUACUGCCAGAUACAUGUCUGUUAAUACCCAUCUUGGUAGAGAGCAAUCAAGAAGGGAUGAUUUAGAAGCUUUAGGUCACGUCUUUUUCUACUUUUUGAAAGGUCAAUUGCCUUGGCAAGGUUUAAAAGCACCAACCAAUAAACAAAAAUAUGAAAAAAUUGGUGAAAAAAAGAGAACUACUCCAAUCAAUGAAUUGUGUAAUGGCUUACCAAUUCAAUUUGGUAGAUAUUUAGAGAGUGUUAGAAAUUUGCAAUUUGAUGCUGAACCAGAUUACGAACAUUACAGGCAGUUGUUACUAUCUGUUUUGCCCGAAAUAGGUCAGGUGGCCGAUGGUCAUUAUGAUUGGAUGGAUUUGAACGGUGGUAGAGGUUGGGAUUUAGCAAUCAAUAAAAAACCUAAUUUGCAUGGUUAUGGCCAUCCAAACCCUCCAGGUGAAAAGAGAAAACGUGCUAAUAAACACAUCCAAAAUCAACAAUUACAGCAACAGUUACACCAACAGCAACACCAGCAACAGUUACAACACCAGCAACAGUAUCAACAACAACAGUCACAAUCACAUCAACAACAAUAUUCUUCACAACAAAUACCUCAUCAGAAUUCUGCUACACAGCCAAUAUCAUCACCAUUGUCUCAACAAAAACAAAACCCUCAACCACUGUUGCAAGAGCAGCAUACUCCUAAUUUAUCUUCACUUGGAGGCGAGGAUGCUAAACCGUUACCUAACUUACCAAACCAUCAAUACAGCAAAGAUCAUGCCAAAAACAGUCCACAGAAGGAUGACGAAUCCGAUAAAGGAUGUUUUGCAAAAGUGAUGUGUUGUUGA